AUGGCUGCCUCGGUUUACGCGACCCCACCGCCAGACCUCAGCGGCGAGGAGGCAGCACUGAGCGACGCGUCCAACUCCUCGCAGACCAACAGCUCCCACGGUUCCGCGCUGAAGGCCUCCAAGCGGACCCUUUCGUCGUCGUUUCUAAAUGCCACCACCGCCAACACCACCCAAAGCAGCACCAUCACGACGACCUCUUCCUCCCAGCAAAGCUCGGACUCGUUGCCCGAUCUCUCCAAGAAGCGGCGCAAACAAUCGAUGCCGAUCCGAUUCGCCACCAAUGGUGCGGUGAUCGAACCAUCGUCGGCACCAAGCGGUGGUGGUGAGACGGAGGAUGCGGGUCGAUCCGUUGAGCAGAGCGAACGGGAUCGCCGAACACCAAACGAUAACGACGAUGCGGACCGCGAUGACGCCGACGAUGAUGAGGAGGACGAUGGUUGCCAAUCGCCGAAUCCACCAAGCCCUGCCAUGGAGACGGACCACGAUCCGGACGACAGUGCGGCCCUGCUCGAGCAGCAGCAGAACAACUUUCAGAAGAUAUUCCUCUCGAACCUCAGUCAAUUACAGCAGAAGCAUCUGCAGCUGCAGCAGCAGCAGCAAGCGGCAGGAGAGAGUGGACUGGUAAGUCCGGGCGCUUCGUUACCCGACAACUUCCUGGCCUCGAAGCUGACUAGUCUUAUAUCGAUGAGUACCGGCCGGGGUGCGAUGAAGAGCGAUGAUGAGCAGGAAGCGGAAGACCGGGAGCAUCGUCAGCCGUCGGAUAUGGUUGGAUCGAAUUCACGCGGUUCCAACUCGAAGGAGAACUACAAUGGUAGCGUCGAGAACGAGGAGCUAAAAUCGUACCACGAGGACUCACUGAGGGCUGGCAAUGACCAUCACCAUGGCGGAAUCACGCACGGAGAACGAUCCUCCAAUCACUCACCCUCGCCGAUGUUGAGUAAUCCACCGAAGAUAUCGCUCAAGAAGGAGCUAAUGUUUGAUCCAGAUUGGGACGGUGAGAUACGAAGUAAUCUCCCGAAGCCAGAGGAUUGGAUGUCGAUCGCGGGACUUUCCUUUCCAUUCCCACCGGAAGCUGCCGCGGCCUUGUCCGCCUCGGGCUAUCUACCGCAGCUACCACUACUUGGCGUUCCGACGGUAUCACCUUUCGGUGGUGCCGGUUCGACCGAUGGUAGCAGCCGACCGAAUGUUCCACCGCUGCGCAUCUUCAACCCGGAGGCGUACUGCGAUCUGUGCAACAAGGAGUUCUGUAACAAAUACUUUCUGAAGACGCACAAAGCGAAUAAGCACGGGAUCUACGAGCCAGCGGCCAACAGCAGUAACUCGUCGGAUAACAAUCCGCCCUCCUUCUCGGCGCUGAUGAAUCCCUUCAACCCGAUCCACCAGCUAUCGCAGGUGUUUCAGAUGCAGCAUCAGCAGCAGCAGCAACAGCAACAACAGCAGCAACACUCCGGAACGGCCUCUAGUUCGUCUGAGCAGGACUCCGAUGGGCCGGUCGCUCAACCAACGUCCCGUACUACAUCGCUUUCGCCCAAAAACCCAACAAACUCGACCUCAGCCCUCAUUCAACCGACGGUCUUUUGUGACAUCUGCUUCAAGAAGUUCAGUAGCCUGAGUGCGAUGCGAAAGCACCGUAGCAAGGCGCACGAGCUGGCGAACCAGAACAACCACCAGCAGCAGCAUGGUGGUGCUCUUUCCGGAAACAACGAUGGAACUACUGGCGCUCCGGCGGGCAUUAUCACUGGUGCACCAUUUCAGUUACCCGAUGGAUUCCGUGAGGACUAUAUGGUGGAGCAGGAGGAUACCUCGUUCACGCCGCAACCCCGUAAGCUGUCACCGCACUCGAUGCAGGCCGCUAAGGACGCGAACUUUUCGGCUGACAAGCUGAAGCGCCUCGGAGUGAUCAACACGGAGGCGUUUUGUGAGAUCUGCUGCAAGGAGUACUGCAAUAAGUACUUUCUGCGGACGCACAAACUUAAGCGCCACGGCAUUCUACCGACUGCGGAUGAGCUGAAGGAGGAGCGCAACCUUCCGUGGGGACCGUUUAUGCAGACGAGCCCGCUGAACCUGAUCAUGGGAGGUUCGGAACUGUUGGGUAAGGGACGCGGAAUGAGCAAUGGAGAUGGUUCGGAAGCGCAGGGCUCCGCGCAGGAUGCUGGUAUGGGCGAUGGUGGUGAUGAUAGGAAUUCUGCCGCCGUAGGCCAGAAGGACAUCGGUAGCGAUGAAGAUGCCGAAGCGAUCAGUGUCGAUCUGCAGAAGCUACAGUCGAUGAUCAUGCAGCUGAACGACCUGAACAAUCAGCACCAGCGUAAGAUGGGGUGCGGUGUUUGCGGUAAAGAGCUGGCGAACCAGUACCUUCUGCAUGCCCAUAUGCUCCAGGAGCAUGGACCACUCGGUGAGAACAACAACGGCGGUCUGAAGGGAUCCCGCGAGGCUACUCCUCUGACAUCGAUCGUCGCCACCGGCGGCACACCGACUGCAGCUGGUGCUGCUGGUGAGAUGAUGGAGGUAUGCAAACACUGCGACAAGGAGUUCUCCAACGAGUACAUGCUCAAGCAGCAUCUGAUCGAGGUGCACGGACUACCGAGCAUUCCCAGCCCGAAGCGUGAGGGCUUUAUAACACCUGAGCGUCGUACUACUGGGGUUGCUAGUGGUCCACCGCCUGCACCGAACUACAACGACCGCAAGCCCACGUUCUCGAUGACACCGACCAGCAGCUACUGUGAGAUCUGCAACAAGGAGCUGUGCAACAAGUACUUCAUGAAGACGCACAUGCAGCGUAUGCACGGUAUCGAGAUCGAGAAUGGAGCCCAGAUCGGUGGCGUCGUGUGUAACAUCUGCAACAAGGAGCUUUGCAGCAAGUACUUCCUGCGGGUUCACAAGCACAAUACGCACGGUAUCGUCGAGGAGGGUGCUCCGCUCCCGCAAGCGCGUCAGAAUGGUGGUGCUGCUGCAGCUAGUGGACCCGAUCAGACCAACGAUGGCACGGAUCCGGGCGGGCUACUGAAACCGGGCGAAAUCACGGACACGAGCAACCGGUACUACUCACACUUUACCGAGGUUUGUCCGCUGUGUAGCCGCCGAUUCCGGAGUGCCAAAUGGUUGCGUGCGCAUCUGCUGAGCGAUCACGGUAAACCGGGCGUCGAUAAGCUGAAGGAGCUCGAGCAGAAACUUGCCAAUGGUCCCGGUUCCGUGGGUCAGACCGGUGCGAGCAAUGGUGGUGGUGGUGGUGGUGGUGGUGGACGCAGUAAAUCCAGUAGCCCCUCGCUGAAGGUCCCAAAUGGUGGUGGUGGUGGUGGUGGUAUCGUUGGUCUGGCGGAACCGAAGUUUAACUCCAAGUCACCAUUCGGUGCGAUCAGUCCGGCCGACGGGGCCAAGUUUUUACCGAAAGGUGCGGCUGGCAUCCCGGGGUUGUUUGGGACGGAACAGGUACCUUCACCGAUGAGUGGCAUGAAGGGUUACCAGUGUUCGUUCUGUUCCUUCGCUACACCCCUGCUGCCGCUACUCUUCAUCCAUGAACGGUCCCACUCAAGCUUGACCAUCGUCCAGCAGCAACUUCUGCAACAGCAGCAGCAACAGCAGCAGCAGCAACAAGAGCAGCAGCAGCAACAAUCGGAUGAGGGUCUUGGGUCACCGAUGGGUGAGGCCACGUUUCCCUCGUUGCUCAAGUCCGAAUCGGCCGUCUCGUUGGCCAAGGAGCACUCCGCCCACCAUCAGACGCUCCCGGGCACGAACUCGUCCUCGAUGGGAUCCUCUUCCGAGACUCCUUCCUCUACUCCUGCCUCCACACCCGUACCGUCGCUCUCGCAAGAGGCACUUAACCUGCAGCAGCAGCAACAGCAGCAACGAUCUCGUUCCGGUUCGCGCUACGAGUUGCGCCAAUCACCGGAUCCGGAACCGACGUCACGGAUGGCGGAGCUGGCGCACCUGAAACCCACAUCCCCUAAGAUGGCCUCGGCACCAUCGCCUGCCACCGGUGGUGGUGGUGGUGAACCGAAUGCUAUGCUCACCGAGAUGGCCAACAUCAUGCAACGGCCGGCCAUCUACGCGCUACCGCAGCAGAGCGGACCGCUCAUGAUGCAGUCCUUCCUGAUCGAGGAGUCAUCGUCGCCGUUCGGUGCGGCAGGGAACCGCUCACCGAAGGACUCGCUCACGCUGACCGGCCAGGAUCACAGGUUCGUACCAGCCGUUGUUUUCUUGCCCGUUAAGGAACGUAUCCUCACACCGAUGACAAUAUCGUUCAACCUGAGUCCCGCCUAA